AUGGGUAGGCGCAUCGCUCUGCACGCCAAUCAGAUCGUGUUUAUUUUGGGAACGUGCAUUCCCAUUGUUCUAGCGCUGAAUGUGAUGUACAAGCACUACUUCCACCAAUCAAAGCCGCCGGUUAAACUGCCAGAGCUGGAGCGGUUUACUCCGGCCACUCCGUUGGGCCAGGCACCGGACACAACGGACCACUUUGUCACACCCAAAACCACUUUGAAAAGCGCCAAUAAUACCAAAACGAGUCAUAUCAGGAUGGCCAGAUCGGCUCGGGUAUCAAAUGUGGGCGGUGACACCCCCGCCAGAAGCAGAGUGUCUGUGAACACUCCGCAGCAGCUCGAUAGGCUACUGCAGGACAU